UUAAUAUGCCAAAGGAGAGAUACUUUCAUCCUGUGAGGAGGGAAGAGCAUAUUUUGAAAAAUUAUUGCAUUAAGUUUUUACCUUUCUCUGCCUCAUCAUAGGGAAGUGAUUGAGGGUGGGGCUACAUUGCAGCUAUCAUUCUGGCCUACCUGCCAUGAUUGGUGUUUAGAAUUCUGGAUUUCCCUAUGACUUUAGUUAAAGUAACUUGCCAGUCUGUGGCACUUGAAAAUUUUAAUUCCAUCUUGAUUCCUUUGUGUAAUACUACUAACAUAUUAUGCCAAUUUGUUCAUUCAGUAAAUAAUUAUAUUCCCUGUUGGCAUUGCUUUUGUUUUUCUUUACUGAAGAUGAUUAGAUUAAAAGACUGUGUGAGAAAGUCUGUCCCAUGAAGCUGAAUGUCUCAUUCAGUUUUCUGCCCUCUGACUACCUUAGUACUUCUGUUGCAUUGUGUUCAACAUUUGCCUGGGCACAGAUUCUUCUUUGGGUUUGGUGUUUUUCUCUAAAUGUCAUUGAAUGUGGAAGUACAGUCACAGAGCUGUGAUGCCAACAUCUAGGACAAGAAAUAGAAAGAGCCACCAGAGUACAGUAAGUAGAUAGAUGUUAGCAGCUCGGCAAAGCUAGGAGCAAAUCCUAAUUCAAGUCACUGAUCCAACAGGCUGGGUGAACUCAGUGAUCUAGGUGGAAGCCUGGAAAGGUUUUGUUUAGUCUGUCAUUUGGACUGCAUUAAGCAGAUAGUGUAUUAUCUUUUUUUUCCCUUUGGCUCAGUCAGCAGAACAUGGUGCAGCCUUGUAUCAGUGAAGAACAGUUUGGGUUGUAUGAGCUGUCAAGAGAGACUGGUUGGCCAGAGAAUAGAAUUCUCCUUUGUCAGUCUCAUAAGUCCUAGUGUGUUGCUGAGAGACUCCCAGGCUGGGUCAGCCUGUUUUGGUCUGUGGGUUCUAUGGACUGGUUGCAUGGGAAGGAUCUGGGAGACCUCAUUCCCCAAGAAGGUGAUUGCAGGACCAAAUACCCAAAGACAGAAGUAGAAUUUGUAUUAGAGGCAUAAGUUCUGGGUGGAAGUAGACAGAACCAGUUUUGGCAGGAUGUGGGCCUCUCCACAUGAGUUGAGAAAUCUUUGUUUCUGUAUGCUAAUUUUCACUGGUACAUACACAUUUAGUCCUUUCUAGCCUUGUGGGUGGGGCUGAGACCUAAGCAUCCAGUCCUAUAUAAGGAUGGCAGUUUUAAUGUGGCCAGUACCCCGAUCUUCUCAGCUCAGUGCAUGCAGCUCCACUACUCACCAUGCUGUGCAGUGAGCAGGAGGAAUAAGAGGAGAUUUGGGACUUAAUGAGGUUUCUGUGUGGGUGAGACUGGGCUUUGUUGUUUGCCAUGUUUUCUUUCAGCAGCACACCAUAUAUUAUACUACGGUGUCCAUUAAAUUUGUCUUAAGUAUGAAAGUUGGUUUUUUGUGGGCCCUGUACAUCAGUAGAUUUGUGCAUUGAUAUUUUCAAUAUCUCAAUGUGCUGCUAGGAGGUGGCAUUUGCUGCAGAUGCUUUACUAGGGCCAUGUCUGUAGCUACAUCCACCUUUCCCUCCUCUCUGGCCACCAUGCUUUGAAUGUAUUUUCCUCCAUCUUGGCACUUUCCCAUCCAAUUUAUACCUUGGAACCAGGAGAACAUGAACCAAAACUGAGUCAACAUAAAACCUACUCCUUUAAGUUGAGGUUGUUGGAUAUUUUGUCCCAAGAUAGGAACAUGGUUAAGAUAUCUAAUUAUGCUGUCUGUUAUAAGCUUAAAUAGGCGAUCUCAAAUACACAAAUUGCAUCCUCCACUCUGGGCUUCACUGUGAUGAUGGUAAGUUCCAAAAUUGACAAACAGUUCCCCAUGGGCCCAAAGUCAUUAUAGGGUGUUUAAAAAUUAUUUAAAAAUUAACAUUAUCUAUGAUUAAAUUCAGUGUUAGAUCACUUCCCAAGCAUCCAUUUACCUCUUAUAUUCAGAGAAGUAAAAAUAAUGAAUAAAUUAGUCAAUAAAUGGAGUUUUAAAGUGUAUCAUAUGAAAAUUAGAUAUGUUACCAUUUUAAAUAAGAGAAGAAGAAAUUCUGCUGUAAAGGACAACUACAAGAAAGGAUUUCCUGUUAAACUCACAUUUUUUCUUGAAGAGACUGUGACCUUUGAGGAUGUAGCUGUGAACUUUACUGAGGCGGAAUGGGCUUUGCUGAAUCCACCCCAAAAGAAGAUCUACAUAGAUGUGAUGUGGGAAACAUGUAUGCAUAUGACUGCUAUACAACGAACUUGUGGUAACCAGCAAAUGGAGGAGCAAUACAAAGAUUGUUCAGGAAAUCUAAGAAAUGAUGCAGACAGAUGUUUGAGAUUGGAAGAGAUGCUGUGUAAAUGUAAUGAAUAUGGAAAAAACUGGAGUGAUCUCCAUUCUUUUCAAAAACAUGAAAUGAGAAAGACCAGAGAGAAGCAACAUCAGUCUGAGCAAUGUGAGAAAGCCUACUCUGAUCUUAGUGAACAAACUCACCCUGGGGAGAAAACAUUUCUAGGUAAGAAAAAUGUGAAAGCCUCCAGCACACCCAGUUGUUUUCCAAUCCAGGAAAGAAAGCAUAGUGUAGGGAGUCCAUAUGUGUACAAACAAUGUGAGAAAACUUUUAUGUCUUCAUACUAUAUUCAACCAAAUGAAAGAAUACAUGCUGGAGAGAAGCCCUAUGUAACUAAGGAAUGUGUGAAAGCAUUAUCGCAUACUCCAGAACUGAUGAAAGAAUAUAAUUCUGUUAAGUGUGCACAGGCCCCAGCAAGAAGCCUGCCCAGAAAGCAGCUGCCCAAGUGA